CUUGGAUCGAAAAUCUAUAAACUAUCAUCGAAACGCUAUACACAUACUCAGUUAAAUACAAAAAUAUAUACACAAGUAUAUUACCACAAUUUGUACAGGAUUUUCAACGAGUAACGGAAUACACAUUUGCCCCUAUUUGUUGCCUUUAUACUAAACACCUAUAUGAGCGGUAGUCAUGUUGUGGAAAGGGACAGCUGUGCUACCUGGCAGGACUUGGCCGCCAUGCAACUGUGCACUGGUGUCAACCGUACGCAAAAACAACAAAAUCUUGGCGCGUUUAAGGCUGGCUAUUUUCAAGGCGAUUUCGAUUGUGUAAAAUUGUAUCUAAUGUUAACCAAACAUGCAUAUUAUUUGCGCUGCCGCGUCUGGCAACACACCCUAAUGUUAUGGUAUCAGGUUCGAACUAGGAGGAUGGUGGAAAUAGAGGAAAAGCUCAACAAUUUACUGAAAUUGAUCUGUCAACUUAAAAUCGAGUAUGCUUUGAUGAAAGAACCGGCAGCUAAAAUGUCUAAAAGCUACAAAGUCGCUGAUUACUUUAAUCAACUAGUAAGGGCAGAUGAAAUUAGAAUGGCAAGAAAAAGAGCUAAGACACCAGUUAAAGAAACACAAACAGUAACAGAAAUAGUUCAGGAAGAGCCAAAUACUCGUAAAGGACCGGUGCGUGGUAUUCCCACAGAAACAGUUCAGGAACAGCGAAAUACUCGAAGAAGACCGGUGCGUGGUCUUCCCACAAUAACAGAAACAGUUGAGGAACAACCAAAUACUCGAAGAAAACCGGUGCGUGGUCUUCCCACAAUAACAGAAACAGUUGAGGAACAACCAAAUACUCGAAGAAGACCGAUGCGUGGUAUUCCCACAGUAACAGAAACAGUUCAGGAAGAGCCAAAUACUCGAAGAGGACCGGUACGUGGUAUUGCCACAGAUAACGUGCACAUUUGUACCGGUGCAUCGGAUGACGAAACAGGAUUCUCGCUAAGGAGUAUGGAAAAUAUUAAAACAACUCGAAGGAUAAACAGGAAAAGAAACAAGUUACGCAAUACUGACAAAAAUGGCAAAUUUUUUAAAGCUGAGCAAAAGAGUAACAAAAUAUCAAAGGCACCACAAUUAAAAAAAGAGACACACCACCAAAGCAAACAAGAUCUAGAUUCGUCCGAACUAGAAACUUUGGACCUUUUAAUAAGGUGCUCCAAGUUAGCAGAGGAAAAUAUAUUAGAAUCUCAAGAGAGAUAUAUGAAUGACCUCAUGAGUUUCUUCGAUUCAAACCAGCUUGUGAUAAACGGUGUAGAGUGGGUUACGAUUGGCGCAAUGAAGACGAUUUUGACAGUUCGACCUUUAUUUUACGUACAUACAUACGCACACACUGACAUGAAUUCUAACAAUAAACAACCGUCUUUGAACAACAAAGAGAAUCUGGCGCCAUCAUUGCCGAUUGGCUCGAACAGGAAUCCCACUACUCACUGCAACUCACAAACUGGAGAAGUCGCCGACAAUCAAGAGAAACCUUUAACAAACAAAAAGACCACUAAUACUUCACAUGAAAAAGAAUCGUCAGAAGAAUGUAAGACAGCAGAUAGUGUGUUUAAAGUGCCACUGCCUCCCAAAAAGUUACUUUAUAGAAAAUAUGUUCUCGAAGGCAAGGGGCGUGAGAAUACCGAAAAGGCACUCGAUUUGUCGAGAAAUAGAAAGGCUGCACCCACCAGGCAAACUAGUCCAUUACAGGGUUUGAAGACACCAAAAGCGUCGCCACAAAAAAAUAAAACGCCAACUAAUGUUACCACAACUAAGAUUGGUAAUCUGUCUGCGCAGCAACAAAAGCGGGAUAUUGGGGCACAAACUUCAACAGCGCAUGCACAAAGACCGAUCGUCAUUGUUUCACCAACUCAUCAAACACAAAAGCGUGCACCAGCAGCGCAAACCAAUGCACCUUCCUUCAAUCAGAGCAGAGCUAAUGUCCAUGAACAACAACUAAAGAAACUAAAGAUGAAUGGAAGCAAUGAAAGAUAUAUAAAUUUGAUCAGACGCCACUUCGACCAGUUUACCGUAGAGGACAGGGGAAUUGAAUUUGUAAUAAUAGGUGUAAACGGAACCCCUGUGUGGAAAGAAUUUUUACUGGGACUAAAUUGGUACAAGACAGGUUCGUCAAUAACACGGAAACUAUUAUGUCAUUUAUUCGACCAGAAAACUCUUGCUACGCAUACGUUGACCGGCAAGACAUCGCCGGUGUUCUUAGAUAAGUACAAAGCCGAAAGAAGGCAAUUGGAUCAAUUGGUCGUAGACGACAUAAUCGAAUUUAUGGUGGUUAUGAAAGAUAUGAAGGCCAGUGAUGUGAAAGAAGUCAUUAAUAAAAAGUGCAUGAUCUUGGCUAAAAUGUUCCUUCGCAAUCUUUCAGCAAAACCUGUUGCACCACCGGAAGCAAAUGUUGCAAGAAAACCAGAAACUGCAGUUUCAUCUGAAAGAAAUGUCAUAAGCGUUCCGGAAGCUGCGUCUACAACUUCAUGCGAAAGAAAUGUUAUAACGGAAUCGGAAGCUGCGUCUUCAGAUUCACGCGAGAGAAAUGUUAGGAUGGAACCGGAAACAGUGGAAGUUUCAUCAGAUUCUGAUUCAUCCGAAAUAGCAGUUGUAUGAAACCUAUGGCAUUUUUGAAUCGACACGCACAAAUUUUGAUGCACGAAAAAGGGAAUGAGGUGUUGACCAUUAGAUCAUUUGACAACGUAUAUAACAAUACGACUCUUGGAACCAAAUAUUACUAUCUAUUCAGUAAGCUAUUUGAGAUGAACUGCUUUAGGAUAAAACAUUAGGCUCUAACUUGCUGCGUACUAAUAUGAAGCUAACGACUGAGCCGCCGGAAUGACGUAAAUGUGAUUUAAAAAACUCGAAUUAUUCUCUACGAUCCUCCGCGAACCCCAUAAGAAAAAUGUUAAUGACAAAUAUUUAAUGCAACAAUGACGCAAUUUCCGAUAGCCAUAAAACAUUUGACUCAAGUUAUAUUUAAAAUAGCUGUAGAUCUAGUAAAAAAUAAAAUAAAAAAUUAUUAGAAUGUAAAAAUUAAUAAGUGCU